AUGCCGAGUUCCCUUGGGGGCGUCUAUGAGCCGGGAAUCGUCGACCCUGGUGUCCCUCGCCCAAAUCCCGCCCAGUCUUACUGGCAGACAGAACCACACCCACUGGUCGAGCACCAGUCGCCCUGGCCAACUAGCGCCGUGGACGUCGUCAUCAUUGGUUCUGGUGUGACUGGGACAAACUUGGCCCCCAACUUGGUGGCAAAGCAUCCCGGAUUCAAAGUAGUCGUUGUCGACUCGCGCAGCCUCUGCUCGGGUGCGACUGGCCGCAACGGUGGACAUAUCAAGACAGCGACUUUUGCUGUCUGGGAAGACCGCAAGAGACCUUAUGGCAUCGAGGAGGCCGCCCGUCUCACCGCCUUCGAGCACAGUCAUCUAGAUGCUAUGAUCAGUGCUAAGGCUUUUGACAAGGCAUGCCUGGCCCUCGACCACAUGCGCGCCUCUGCGCCUCAACUCGCGAAACGAUAUCAUGUAUACACCAACAGAGACUACCUACAGAGCGCCCCGAAGCUAUCCCACCGAUGCGUAGGCGCCAUCGGUAGUUCCGCCGCGUCUGUCUGGCCGUAUAAGCUCGUUACUGGAUGA